ACGAGGCGACGUAAGGCAACCUUAAUCAUAUCUUGUCGGUUCUUCAGUACGCGUUCUGUGUGUGGUACCGUUUGUUGCGUUAACUGGUGCGAUGGCGCAGAAGUUCCUGCCGGCCUUUCAAAGGGCCAUCAGUAGUACUUCGAAGCAAAAGUUGAAUUUGGUUGGUGCCAGUGAGGCUUUGGGGGUUUUGCCCUACAGUGAAGUGCCGGGACCUAAGCCGCUGCCUUUAUUGGGGAAUAAUUGGAGAUUUCUACCUUUUAUUGGCGAUUUCCAAAUAGAACACAUCGACAAAGUGACGACGGGAUUGUACCGAAAGUAUGGGAAAAUCGUAAAGAUGGAAGGUCUGUUGGGAAGACCCGACAUGGUUUUUCUAUUCGAUCCGGACGACAUCGAGAUGGUUUUUCGACAGGAAGACGCGAUGCCCCUGCGGCCUUCCAUGCCGUCCUUGAACUAUUACAAACACGUUUACCGGAAGGACUUUUUCGGGGAUGUCGCAGGAGUGAUAGCCGUACAUGGCGAAAAUUGGCAAUCUUUCCGGUCUAAAGUGAACCAGAUAAUGUUGCAGCCGAGAAUCGCUAAAAUGUAUAUAAAAGCAAUUGAAUCGACUUCACAGGAACUUGUUAACAGAAUAAGAAAAAUCAAAAAUAAAGAUCAAGAAGUGUCUGGUGAUUUUUUAAAUGAAGUACACAAGUGGUCCUUGGAAGCGAUUGCAAGGGUGGCCCUUGAUCAUAGACUCGGAUGUUUGGACGACGAUGCCCAUCCAGAUACGCAAAAACUGAUUGACGCUGUCAAUACGUUCUUCAUAAAUGUUCCCGUUUUGGAGUUGAAGAUUCCCUUCUGGAAAUUGUUUUUUACGCCUACCUUUGUCAAGUACAUUAAUGCUUUGGACACGAUUAGAGAGAUUUGUUUGAAGUACAUAAACCAAGCCCUGAAUCAUCCAAUUCCAGACAACAAUCACGAAUUGUCAGUGCUUCAAAGAGUUUUGAAAAUGGAUAACGAUUCGAAACUAGCCAGUGCUUUGGCUUUGGACAUGUUUUUAGUAGGAAUUGAUACAACUUCCAAUGCAGUUGCUUCCAUUUUGUAUCAGUUGUCGCUCCACCAAGAUAAACAGGAACAAUUAUACGAAGAAGUCGAAAGUUUAUUGCCGGAAAUUGACUCGGAUAUAACCAGUGACAAACUAGAGCGCAUGACUUAUCUAAAAGCAUGCAUUAAAGAAACCAUGAGGAUGUAUCCUGUUGUAAUUGGUAACGGAAGGUGCACCACAAGUGACUGUAUUAUUGGGGGAUAUCAUAUACCUAAAGGAGUUCAAUUAAUUUUCCAGCAUUAUGUAAUUAGUAAUUUGGACGAGUAUUUCACAAACAGCCAAACAUUUAUACCUGAAAGAUGGUUAAAAACUUGUCCAAUGUCCAAGGAACAUCAUCCAUUUGCUUCUUUGCCAUUCGGUUAUGGCAGAAGAAUGUGUCUAGGCAGAAGAUUUGCUGAUUUGGAAAUCCAGACUGUACUAGCAAAGAUAAUAAGGAACUACAAAGUAGAAUAUCAUCAUGAAAAACUGGAUUAUCACAUUCAUCCAAUGUACACUCCCAAUGGACCUCUUAAAUUGAGAUUUGUGGAGAGAAAUUAAAGAAAAUACUGCGUUUUGGAUUACGGGACUAGUCAGAAUUGUUCAAUAUGAUUAAAAGUGUAACAGCAUAAUGUGUGUGUUGAAUAUUGUGAUAUGCAUGCGAUGCGAUGCAAUGCAAGUAACUGUAGUCUUUAGGGAUUAAAUUAAUUAAUUAAAUUAUAA